AUGGGUGCCGGAGACCCUGUAACUCACAUAAUUUUUGAUCUGGAUGGCUUGCUCAUAUCCACCGAAGAAAUAUACACGGAAGUGAUUUCGGAGCUCCUGUCAAAAUAUGAGAAAACAUAUACAUACGAAGUAAAACGUAAAUUGAUGGGCCGAAAGGCGUUGGAAGCAGCAGCAAUCAUGGUAAAGGAAUAUGACUUACCAAUAAGUCCACAAGAACUGACUGAUGAACUUCAUUCUAAAAUCACUCCCGAAACCUGGCACAAGGCUACACUUCUUCCUGGGGCUGCGGCCUUAUUUGAAUAUUUUCAUUCUCACGGCUUACCCAUGGCUGUCGCUUCUGGUUCAGUAUCGUGGGAAAUAGAAGCUAAAAUGUUCAACAAUAAAGAAGUGUGGUCAAAACUUCAUCACAUAGUUUCCUCUGGCGACGAUCCGGAGGUUAAACAUGGCAAACCAGCCCCUGAUAUAUUUCUUGUGGCGCUAAGACGUUUCGAUGACCCAUCGGCAGAGCCAUCUAACACCCUGGUGUUUGAGGACGCCUGGAAUGGUGUUGCUGCAGGGCUGGCGGCUGGGAUGCGCGUCGUCUGGGUGCCAGACAAGAGGGAGCCUCAGGGAAUUCCCGAUUCUUCCCUUUCUCAGGAAACGAUUUCGCGCCUCACGCGACUCACUAGUCUGGAGCAGUUCGAUCCAACGCUUUUCGGUUUGCCACCAAAGAGGUGA